CGCACUUCCUGUGAAGGAGGGGCUUCCAGUCUGGGACCGGCGUUAUUGGGCAUACUGUCGCACACUCUGAAGAGAGCAGAGUAACGAUGGCGGGGUCCGGGAACAAGUCUGUGCUCUUCGUGUGUCUGGGAAACAUUUGUCGAUCUCCAAUCGCUGAAGCAGUCUUUCGGAAGUUGGUGACCGAUGAAGGCCUCUCGCAUCAGUGGAACAUAGACAGCGCAGCGACAUCUACUUACGAAAUCGGAAACCCUCCCGAUUACCGAGGCCAAAACUGCAUGAGGAAGCACGGCAUACCGAUGAACCACACUGCGAGGCAGAUUACAAGAGAUGACUUCCUCUCUUAUGACUAUAUACUCUGUAUGGAUGAAAGUAAUUUAAGAGACCUGAAAAAGAAGUGCAGUCAAGUGCAGAACUGUAAAGCUAAAAUUGAGCUGCUUGGCAGCUAUGACCCUCAAAAACGACUUAUCAUUGAAGAUCCUUAUUAUGGUCGUGAUGAAGACUUUGAGACUGUCUACCAGCAGUGUGUUAGAUGCUGUAAAUCGUUUUUGGACAAAUGCUCCUAGUGUUCAUCGAAUGUAACUCAAGAUCAAAUGCUGUUUACUGAUACGCAAUUUGCUGUUAUUACAGUAUAUUAAUCUUUUAAUGUCCUAUUACACCAUGGAAUAAGGCCUGCAGUGUACUUUUAUAUAAUUAUGUUCACAAAGUUUGUGUUGUGCUAUUCAGCUCUACAGGAUGUUAAACAAUGCACACUUAUUGUUUUCCUCAGGCAAUGAACUCCAUGUCUUGAAGUAAAAUAAAGACAUUUUAAUUUA